AUGCAUCCUACGAGAAAAUGCAAAACAUGGAGUUGGAACCGAAGAAAUUCUUUGCAUCAGUCAGCAGUGGAGAAGAGAAGCCAUUUGAUUUCUUACGCACUUUAUUUGAGGGUGUUAUUGCAGGAGGUACAGCUGGAGUAGUCGUUGAAACAGCUUUAUAUCCAAUUGAUACAAUAAAGACACGACUGCAGGCAGGUCAACUGAGUGCAGCUCGUGGUGGAGGACAAAUAGUUCUUAAGGGCCUAUACUCUGGAUUGGCUGGAAAUCUUGCUGGUGUCCUACCGGCUUCUGCCAUGUUUGUCGGUGUUUAUGAACCCACAAAGCAGAAAUUAUUGAAGGUUUUUCCCGAAAAUCUUAGUGCUGUUGCUCAUCUGACUGCAGGUGCCAUUGGAGGGCUUGCUGCUUCUCUGAUACGUGUUCCAACAGAGGUUGUCAAGCAAAGGAUGCAGACCAGUCAAUUUGCUUCUGCCCCUGAUGCUGUCCGCCUUAUUGUUUCCAAGGAGGGUUUUAAAGGUCUCUAUGCGGGGUAUGGAUCUUUUUUGCUGCGAGAUUUACCAUUUGACGCGAUUCAAUUCUGCCUGUAUGAGCAGCUUCGAAUAGGUUAUAAGUUGGCGGCCAAGAGAGAUCUAAAUGAUCCUGAGAAUGCUAUGGUUGGCGCUUUUGCUGGUGCACUUACAGGAGCUAUAACUACUCCCCUUGAUGUGAUAAAGACAAGAUUAAUGGUUCAGGGAUCAGCAAACCAGUACAAAGGUAUUUUUGAUUGUGUUCAGACUAUUGUCAAAGAGGAAGGACCUCCUGCCCUUUUGAAGGGUAUUGGGCCAAGAGUGCUGUGGAUUGGCAUUGGGGGUUCAAUAUUCUUUGGUGUUCUUGAGAGCACAAAGCGAUACCUUGCUCAGAGGCGCCCUAUUCAUCAAGAUCCAUACUCAAAGCAAGAUUAG